AUGGAGCGUGUCCCUCUUUCUCAGCUGAGUGAAGCAACUGCGCGCAGCUCCAGCUCUCCUGCAGCAUCCAAUUCCGACAAAGAAAAUCCUCGAAGUGCCAACAAAAGAAACACCGCUCAGAUGUUAUCCUCGAGCCAGUCAGCGAAGCGCAGACGCCUGACCGACCGCGCAUCCAACAUCCAGUCGCGAGUGCCACCAUCGUCGCAGCGACAUAAUAAUACGCGAUACUAUGAUCCUGAUCAGGAUGAGGCAGAAAGGAGGCGAACCCGCAAGAAAUACAGAGAUCUGACUGGUGAUUUCAAUGACUCGCGAGCCGAGUUUAUGCAGUCGGGGAACAACGGUAUCUACGAAACAGUGUCCAAAGCGAACGAACUUUACGAAAGUGUCAAGCAAACCGCCGACGCGACCCUCGACUCGCGCCUCCUCGUCAACGCCGCCGAUCUCUCGCAUAAGAAGGCCGCGCAGCUCGCACUCGGAGACAGCGGUGCCGGUAUCGAUGUGGACGAGUUUGUCACCAAAUGUAUCUCCUUCAUGCGACGCGGACCCGACAGCUCGGAGGCCAUACCCAGCAGCACUCAAAAUCGACGACGUCACCGCCGGAGCCAGAGAGAGGCCGACAGCGACGACGAGGAUGGCACUGCGGGCGAUGCAAUGAAUUGGGAUUGGCUCGGUCGGGCAGCGUGUCUUCCCCACAAUGCGAGACCCUCGGUGUCUGGAUGGCUACUCGGCCCUUUGUCCGUGCAAAAGCGCUCACGGCAGAUUACCCAGCGGACCAGGAACGAGCGCUUCGAUGCGACACAGGCGGUCCGGCCACAGGACCUUGAGCAGGAGGAUCUUGGCCAGCAGGAAAGCUCAAACCUUACUAUGAUGUGUGCAGUGGUCAAUAAGCUGCUUUACGACGCUUCGAACGCCGCCCAGGAUAAGGUGAACCGGAGCUUGACAGAUGUUGGGGACCCUACCGAGGAGAUGAUUCAGGAGAUUAUGGAUAAGCACGGUAUUUCCGAGAACGGGGGCAUAAAUCUUUUCCGCUUUUGCAUCAAUCCUCUCUCCUUCGGGCAGAGCGUCGAGAACCUGUUCUAUGUCAGCUUCCUUGUUCGCGACGGGACAAUCGGUGUGCAACCGGACAAGCGUGGGCUGCCGACUCUUAUUUCUUCGACGCCAUAUGCACCCAGCGAAGCCCAGAAGCAAAAAAUCCAAAAGCGCCAGGCCGUGUUCAGCUUGGAUUUUGAAACUUGGAAAGAGCUAAUCGAAGUGUUCAACAUCUCCGAACCCAUAAUUCCUCAUCGUGAAGAACAGGACGAGAUAACUGGGCGAGCAUGGGUUGUCUAG